AGGCGGCCAGGUACGUAGGUUCGGCAGCCUGGCUUGAGCUGCGGUGGAAGCGAGUGGGCGGGCCGUCAGAGCAGGGGUGUCGCCGGAACCCGAACUCCCAGGUCCACCUAGAGCCCGUCGUUGUGCGAAGCGGCCACGUCUGAGCCCCGGGGGCGGACCCGUGCUGGGGAUAUCGCCGUGUGACCUCGACCAGGAUACCCCCUCCCAAGGUCUUGUCCUGUUGAUGAACGCCGUCCGGUCCCUGUAAGCACCGUCGAGGCAGGAAGCCCGCCCUUUCGAAAGCCGUGCAAGGGGUCGGGGUGGGUUCAUCUUAGCUGACCCCAUCCCUAUUUGAGGUCUGUCGGCUCUGCCCUUCAGCGUGCACCCAGGAUGGGUACCCCCGCCUCUGUGGUGAGCGAGCCACCCCUGGGGCAGGCCCCGACGGAAGCCCGGGGCCGCAAGCAGGCCUCGGCCAACAUCUUCCAGGACGCUGAGCUGCUGCAGAUCCAGGGCCUGUUUCACCGUAGCGGGGACCAGCUGGCCGAGGAACGAGCGCAGGUCGUCUGGGAGUGUGCAGGGGACCACCGUGUGGUGGAGGCCUUGAAGAGGCUGCGCAGGAAGAGGCCCCCUCGGCAGAAGCCCCUGGGCCCCUCGCUACACCACUGCAGCCGGCUCAGAAUCACAGAGCCCCGCGCUCCACCGGCUGACCCACAGACCAGUGCCACGGAGAUGGCUUCCAGCGGGCAGUAUCUGAACUCCAGGAGGACCAGUGCCAGGAUCCGCCGGAACUGGAGGAAGCCAGGUCCCACAAGCUACCUUCAUCAGAUCAGACACUGAUCCAGGAAAGGGGCUGGGAACAGCUGUAUCUUCCCCAGGAUUCAUAGGGACUUUUGCCAAAGGGUCUGGGGAGGAGAAGAAGGAAGAGAGCUGAGGCAGACAGCCCCACUGCUGCCACUGGCCUGCUCGAGUCAGAACAGGACCGGAGGCUUCCACUGAGCUGUUAUAUGGGACCCAUUCCUCACCAGAUUGAGGAGAAACAGUGACCGUUCCUGCCCCAGCCCUUCUCAAAUUUUUUUUUUUUUUUUUUUUGCGGUACGCGGGCCUCUCACUGUUGUGGCCUCUCCCUUUGCGGAGCACAGGCUCCGGACGCGCAGGCUCAGCGGCCAUGGCUCACGGGCCCAGCCGCUCCGCGGCAUGCGGGAUCUUCCCGGACCGGGGCACGAACCUGUGUCCGCUGCAUCGGCAGGCGGACUCUCAACCACUGCGCCACCAGGGAAGCCCAGCCCUUCUCAAUUUAACACUAUACCUGGACUGCAUGAUAUUCCCCUGGGAGUCAAGGACAGGCACUCGGACUCAGCAUCUCACCACUCCUGCUACUGACCCUCCUACUACUACCGUAACCCGUGGUCCAGCAGCUUGUCCCACACCCCUGCCCCUUCAGGCCAGCACAAGGAAACCAUAGUUUAAGUGGCAAAAAUAAAACCAUUCGCAUCAAGAGCUUUGUGAGUCUGUCACAGAAGGAAAAGAUCCAGAAUGGACACUCUGGAGCUGGGGGUGAGGCACUGGGCUUGCUGCAGGGAGGGAAGGAAGGAGAAAAUAAAGGGCUGGCCUCCUUUACCAGAGGCUGUUAGACUGGGAGGCGAGAUGGAAGCCUCUCCAUAGGCAGUCCUGGUCCAAGAUGAGGAGAGAGGGUUCUUGGCCCCUAGCCAGCUCUGGAAGGGGAGACUAUUACAGUCAGCCCUGCAUAGUGGGCAGUGACCCUAGGCCGGAUGAGUCUGCCGUCAGUGUAGUGGGCACCAGCUCCUCCGCUGGCUUCUGCAUCCCUGUGGACCAACCACCCUGAGGCAGCUCGACAGCUGCACCAAUCAUGCCUUUUGCAUUACUGAGGUUUCCUGUAGCCUGAAAACACUUGAGGUAAGGAUUUUUGACUACUAUUCUGGCUUUGGUUCAAAAGAAGCCUACUAUAUGUUCAUUAGCAUGCAGCUCCCCUCACACCCAUCCUAUCUGCUUGAUUAUCCAUCACUUAAAGGAGCCAGGGUUCCAACUGCUCCAAGUGGGCAGUGAUGCACACACAGAGCAGAGCUGCCCUCUUAUGGCCAAAAAGAGAAGCCAGUCCACAUUCCUUACCCCAAACCUUUGGGAGAGAUGAUUUUGUAAUUUAGAAUUUUUUUGGCUUUUAGAAAGGAGUCAUUGCAACAACUGUAUAAUCCCUAUUGGGGGAACAUCUCAUAACAGAACACUAAUAUUUCUGCAACAAAUAUUCACAGUAAAAGGGAUACAUGAUGAUUACAAAUAGCUUUGCAUCUGUGUAGGUGUAGGUCAGAUGUUGGUGUCAAAUAAGUUAUGAAAAUAUUUUGGGAAAUGAGGACCUGUACCUUCCUCUGCUAGAGGAAAAGAGACUCAGGAGCCAUAUCUCAGUAACUCCAUGGCAACACAGGGUUCUUUGUCCUUAAAAUUGCAUCCUACCUUGUCUACCUUCCACCAAAGAAAACUAGACAAAAAAGGUCAGAAUUGGACUUGUUAUUCAUACAUCUGCAUUGAUUUAAAUACAUUACAUACAAUUUCUACAGUGCAUUAGAAGAACAAUACAGAGGCAGCAGCACUCUACAGCCCAGCCUCUACUCCCUGACACUGGGAGACAGGGCCUGUGGCUGGCAGAGGGCCGGGCGGUUCCACGAGUGCCCCCCAGAAGCCUGCCCCGGCACUCUGGGCCCUAGCUCUCCCAAAGUCCACAUUCAAGGCAACCUGAGUACAGGCUUCAAGGAGAACGGAUGUGGGCCAGGAAAGGAUGCCCCAUACUCUUUGGCCUGCCAGGACUAGGACCAGCUCCCUCUUACAUUGGACCCAAUUUCCUUCUCAUCCCAGAGCUGGUCUGCCUGAGGACAAUGUGCAGAUCUGCUCAGUGAGGGAAGCAACCGGGCUCUUUAGACUGCUCAGGCUCUCUCAACACCCAGGUGGGGGCUUCACCAACACGUCUGUACACAGAUGUCUGGAGAGUUAAACACACCUGGAUCCCCUCCGGCCUCUGGGAGCCCUGCUGCUCCCAUGUUCUCGCAAAAAUGGUCCCCAAGGCCAGAGUCGGGGGGUCGGCUCAAUGGGAUUGUCAGGGCUGGGGCAGGCGGGGAGCUGUGCCUUGUCCACAGGGCAUGCGUACCCAGCUCCAGAGACUCUUCCUGUCAGCGGGGUGGAAGCCCAGGAUAAGCUGGCUCCUGGGGGCUGGACUGGAAGGGGCCCAGCCUGGCGCAGCUGAUGAGAGAGCUGCACACCUGCU